UCGGAGUGGUUGAAUAAUGUGCUCAUAAACAAAGAACACUGGGCAGUAAAUUAUUAAUUAAUUAUUUUCAAAUCCGCGAAUGAAAAAAGGUAUUGAGUCAAUUAAAAUGGAUCAAAUCUGUUAUUUGUUCCAUAAAUGCCAAACGUUUACUGAGUCUUUAAGUGACGCUGGGCUGUUCCGUGACAUCACUUCCUGCAUUUAAAAAUGGCGGACAUAAACAUUUCUGUGUUAUGGUUCUAUCCAGUGUGCUUCUUAAGAGCUGCAUCAACAUGAAACGGCUUUCCAGACAGUGAUUAAAGCCAGAGGGGCUUGUGAAAGGCUCUCAAACUAUUGUUUUGUUAUGAAACGUGUCGUCAGCAUGAGUAGUCGGAGAAAGAGGGCCCCCCCUGUGAGGGUGGAUGAAGAAGCAAAGAGGAAGCUGGAAUGGAACAUGUUGGAUGACCGCAAGAACGAGGUGAUCCAGGAAGAUGACCAGACACCGUCCUGCUCUAUUCUGUCAGCAGACCCCCUUCCUAGCAGCACUUUUCUGUCCACCACAGAGGACAUCACAGAGGCUGCCCACUCCCGCUCUGUCCAGUUUUCAGAGGAACUUCCCGGUACCUCUUUAGACGUCUCCUCUGCCUCAGCCUCUCUGACGCUGACUGUGUUGCCCUCUUUGAAACAGGGGCACCUCUGGAAGGCUCUCAUAGGGGAGUUCAGCCUCCGGCCUUCUUGGUUCUCAGCUGACUAUGAGCAGAGAGUUUUCACGCUCCACAGGAUGGGUGAGCAGCUCUGUGUUAGUUACAGCAGCUGCGAUGAGAGCUCUGGACUGCCAUGGAGGCCCGAUGAGGACAGUUGUACCGCAGAGUGCAGCCUCAGUAGGAUCCCCCUGGAGGACCUGGACUGGCUGCAGAAGAGGAGGGUGGUGCAGCUCUUUCACCAGUCAAAAGAGAACACAGUCAAGGUGGGGAUUUACCUCCUGGAAACAGGGCUUGGAAAACCUGAGUUCCUCAGCGAGGGAAAUGCUCGUCUGAAGAAAGCUAAUCAGCUCAUGCAGAAAUUAAUGGAAUAUUUUUACGAUUUCAUCAUUCCUGAAGUUGUAGAGAAUGAGGAGGAAGAAUGUGACACUGACCUGGAGAGGCAAAACGUGGAGGAGCUGUAUGAUUACGUAAGACAUCUGCACCAGAAAGAGAACCAGAAGAUGACCUUUGAUGUCCAGCACAAGGCUCUUAUUCCCGUUCUUAGGCCCUAUCAGAGCCAGGCCGUCAACUGGAUGCUGAGGAGGGAAAAAUACAGGAACAAUGCGCCUAAAGAUCAGUCACUACAUUUCCUCUGGCGGGAGCUGAUUACUCUUUGUGGCAAAAAGUUGUUCUACAACCCUUUUAUUGGCUGUUUAAUUAGAGAAUUUCCUCUGGCUGGUGUUGAGUGGCCUGGAGGGAUCCUCGCGGAUGAGAUGGGGCUGGGAAAGACUGUGGAAGUUCUGGCACUCAUUCUAUUUCACACCCGGCAGAACCUGGAGCACGAAGCCCUCACUCUGCCUGUGGGAAAGUCUGUAAAUUUCUUCAUUCCUCCACCACCCCUGGAAAGAAAGAAAGCUAUACACUGCAAAUCUGAAGUUCAACCCAAAAUGAAAAUAUCCUACCCAGCUGUCCGCGUCAUGCUGCUUACUGCCAUAAAGGAGAUGCGGUCCGGCAAAGGAGCCUCAGUGAAUGCUGUGUUCACCUACAUCCGAGCUACUUAUGGUUACGACCUGUUGAAGAAUCGCACUCACAUCAAGAAGACCCUGGCAAAACUUAUAGAUGAGGGCAUGGUUGACCGGGUCAAGGGCCGCGGCUUGGCAGGAUCCUUCAAGCUGGGAAAGAACUACAAAGAAACAAAGAAAACAGAAACAGGAGCAUCCAAGUCUAACUCCAAGAGCAUAGAAAGCAUACCGAGGAAAUCCUUUCAGAGACGAGCAAAGAAGAAGGCGGAAGCAGCUUUGCAGAACUCUCUGUCAGACGAUCAAAGAGACCCGAGUCCAACAUCUGACUGUCCUGUAGCAGAAGAAAUAGAAACAAAAGACUGCAGUGAAAGUCAGAACGAGAAAGAAGAUCGACCAGGUGACAUGCUGGCUACUUCUGCUGUAUCAGUAAAAAUGUCUGAAGGUAAAAGCGGCGCAGAGACACGGGACAGUUCCAAAAUGGACGAUCGACCUGGGGAAAUUGAAGGAGCCCCACUGCUCCAUUCACAGGAGGAGACAGAAACCCCCACCAGAGCAUCAGUCGUCCCCUUUAACACCCCAGAUUACCGCUUUGAGUGUAUCUGUGGGGAACUGGGCAUCAUUGAUUACAAAGCCCGCGUGCAGUGUAUGAACUGUCAGCUCUGGCAACACGCAGACUGUGUAAACUACAAAGAGGAGAAUCUUAAAACUACACCUUUCUACUGCCCUCACUGCCUGGUAGCCAUGAAACCGGUGUCAACUGGUGCUACGCUCAUCAUUUCUCCGAGCUCCAUCUGCCACCAGUGGGUGGAGGAGAUCAACCGGCACAUCAGGUCCUCCUCCUUACGGGUUCUGGUGUACCAGGGUGUGAAGAAACAUGGAUUCAUCCAGCCACAUGUGCUCGCUGAGCAGGAUGUGGUCAUCACCACGUACGACGUGCUCCGCUCUGAGCUCAACUACGUCGACAUUCCCCACAGCAACAGCAAAGACGGACGCCGCUUCCGCAACCAGAAGCGCUACAUGGCCAUACCCAGUCCUCUGGUGGCCGUGGAGUGGUGGCGCAUCUGUCUGGACGAGGCUCAGAUGGUUGAAUGUCCCACCGCGAAGGCUGCAGAAAUGGCUCUACGUCUCGCCUCUGUCAACCGUUGGUGUGUCAGUGGCACUCCUGUUCAAAGAGGUUUAGAAGAUCUGUAUGGCCUUGUACUUUUUCUUGGAGUUGACCCAUACUGGGUAAAGCAUUGGUGGGACCAGCUGCUUUAUCGGCCCUAUCGACGUGGAAACUCUGAGCCUCUGUACAGUGUAAUUGCCCAGAUAUUAUGGCGAUCUGCCAAAAAAGAUGUAAUUGACCAGAUUCAGAUCCCACCUCAGACAGAAGAGGUGCACUGGCUUCACUUUUCCCCCGUGGAAGGUCACUUCUACCACCGGCAGCAUGAGGUCUGCUCUCAGGACGCUCUGGUCAAACUCAGGAAGAUCUCCGACUGGAGCCUUAAACUGGGCAGCCUCGACCGCCGGACCGUCAACACCAUCCUUUAUCCUCUGCUGAGGCUGCGACAGGCCUGCUGCCAUCCGCAGGCUGUGAGGGGGGAGUUCCUGCCCCUGCAGAAAAGCACCAUGACAAUGGAGGAGCUCCUCAAGUCCCUGCAGAAGAAAUGUCGAGUGGAAUGUGAAGAAGCUCACAGACAAUUGGUGUGCGCUCUCAAUGGCCUGGCUGGAAUCCACAUCAUCAGAAAUGAGUUUGUAGAGGCGGCAGAGAUGUAUAGAGAAGUGCUCCGUUCAUCAGAGGAGCACAAAGACCGGCUGAAAACGGAUUCAUUACAGAGGCUUCAUGCCACCCACAACUUAAUGGAGCUGCUAAAUGCAAAGCAUCCAGGGAUUCCCCCAACCUUGAGAGAUCACCGGCUAAGUGAAGAGGCUGAGCAGUUGCGACAACACUACAUGACCAAAUACAACUCUGAGGUGGCGGACGCCCACCAGGGCCUUCAGCCGGUGCUGCAGAACAUCAAAGAGCUGAAGCGAAAAGUAAACCUGGAUUCUCCCUGGUGGUUGGAGGUGAUUCAGAGGGCAAUCCGUUGCUCCACGGAUGACGAUCUGGCCGUCCGCGUCAAGAACGAGCUGACGUGCAGCUACAAACAGCAACCCAACAAGCUCUCUAUGGCAGACAAGUUCCGUGACGCCUGCGGCCUGCAGUUCCUGCUCACCACGCAAAUGCAAGAUCUGAUGAAAUCGCAAAAGACCGUGCAAGACGCGGUGAAGAGCCUCGAGGGCCCGGCCUCAAAAAAAGUGAUAGACGAAGCCACCAUUUGCCACCUCAGACCAAUGCGGCUGCCACUCAACAACUGUGUAUUUUGCAAAGCAGACGAGCUUUUUACUGAUUAUGAGUCCAAGCUUUUUGCUCACACGGUAAAAGGCCAGACAGCCAUUUUCGAAGAAAUGAUCGAGGACGAAGAUGGGCUGGUGGAUGACCGCCUCCCCACCACCAGCCGUGGGCUGUGGGCGGCCAGUGAGACCGAGCGCACUCUGAAAGCCAUCCUGUCUUUUGCCAAAGUCAAACGGAUGGACCCAGAGCUGGUGGAGGAGGGAAACACUUUCAUGGAGCUGUUUGAAAACUGGAAGAAGGAGUACAAGGUGCUGCACGAGUACUGGAUGGUGCUGCGCAACCAUGUGUCAGCCAUCGAUGAGUUGGGCAUGGCCACUGAGAGGCUGCGAGUGAGACUGCCCGAUGAGCCAAAACCCAAACUGCUGCACAUCAUAGAACCGCAUGAGGUGGAACAGAACCGAGUCAAACUCCUGAACGACCAGGCUGUGGCCAAGUCUCAACUCCAAAAGAAGCUCGGACAGUUCCUGUAUCUCACAAAUCUGGAGAAGUCUCAGGACAAAUCCACUGGAGGGCUGAACCCGGAGCCGUGUCCAAUCUGUGCCCGGCCCCUGGGGCAGGAGUGGGCCGUGCUGACUUGUGGCCACUGCUUCUGCAAUGAGUGCAUUGCCAUCAUUGUGGAGCAGUACAGCGUGGGUUCCAGGCGGCGUGCCAUCAAGUGUGCCAUUUGUAGGCAGACUACGUCCCACACAGAGAUCUCCUACGUGUUCACCACACAGUCUUCCAGUCAGGACCAAGACAUACCAGUAAAGGGAAGCCACUCCACCAAAGUGGAAGCAGUAGUGAGAACACUAAAGAGGAUACAAGUGACCGACCCAGGUGCCAAGUGUCUUGUCUUCUCCACGUGGCAGAGUGUUCUCGACAUCAUCGCUAAGGCCUUGUUCGACAACAAUCUGGAGUUUUCACAGAUCAAUGGAAUCCACAAAUUCCAGGAGAAUCUGAGUUCUUUCAAGUAUGACGAGAAGAUAAACAUCCUUCUCCUUCCUCUGCACACCGGCUCCAACGGGCUUAAUAUCAUUGAAGCAACACACGUUCUACUAGUGGAGCCAAUCCUCAACCCAGCUCAUGAGCUUCAAGCAAUAGGCAGGGUGCACCGGAUCGGACAAACAAAGCCAACAUUUGUCCACCGAUUCCUAAUAAAAUCCACUAUUGAAGAGAGAAUGCAAGCUAUGCUGAAGACAGCAGAAAAAAGUCACACCAGCACAGCUAUGAAACACUCUGAGGCUGCUGUACUGACAGUGGCCGACCUGGCUGAUCUGUUUACUGAAGACUCAGAACCUCUGGAGUGAAUCUGAGCAGGAGCCUCUGCAUCGGGGGGGUUGUUCAGCUGAGGAUAAGCAGCCAAACACUCACGUUUUACACGGGGGGUCAAGGAGGCAUUCUUGUUUUGCACAUUCCUUUCUUUUUCUUUGUCUGUUUGUUUUUUAACUCAGCAUCCAAAAAUUAUGAAAUGCAUUUCCAGGAGGGUAUUUUAGGAAAUUGACAUGUGAGAAAAUGUUUCGUAUCUAGAUUUGCAGUCGAAUUUGAAAUCUUUUUUAGCCAACGUAUUUGGAUCAGGUUAUCCUCGUUAUUUACUGAGUCAAGAACUAUUGCAACUGUUCAAGCAUGGCUUUUUCUCAUUUAACUAGAUUGCACAAGUCUGUUUGUGUUUGUCUGCAAUUGUUAUGUGCAUUGAUAAGAUCUUUCAUUGUACAACCAAGUGGAGGAAAGUGGGUGUAAAAUUUAGAAAUCCCACUGAGGGGAUCUUAACAUAUUUAGGAAAUAAAACCGUGCCGAUGACAGGAUAUCUGCCUGGUUUUGUCCAUUGCUUC